CCGCCGGGCAACAGCACGUGAUUUUUCCACCUACACAUACUAACAGUCACUACAAUACUGCAUUAUACACUGUGUAAACGCCUUAUACAGCCACAUAGUGUUAAUUUGAGCUUAGAUGGGGCUUUUAUAACUUCUUUGUAACUUAUGCUAACAGCUUAGAUCUAAAGCUUGGUAGAGGCUCUGUCUAAAAUAACAUUAAUAGUCUAGAUACUAUAAAAUCAUUAGUUUAAAGCCUCGCUCUAGUACUUUUGAAGGUUCUCCAUAGGCUUCUCUGGCUAGACCUACAUUAUAAAUUAGUUUAAAUAUUAACACAGUUCUCUUAGACUAAGCCUGAUUGAUUGUUAAAGCCUAUAAUUUUUUGAGAUUAUGACUGAGGUAGCCGCUCACUGAUAUCCAUAAGUCCAUUACAGUGGACCAGAGUCUUUAAACUUUGGGAAAACAAACCAAGCUGUUGAAAAGUGUGAUACUGAGUCACAAACUGUCUAGAAGUCGAGGUAGAAGUCGUAAAAACCUUGAGAAACUUUCUUGGCCUGAUAAUCAGUUCAGAUCCCAAGCUGGGUGGUGUAGUGGGUGGUCCUUUCUUGGCCAUGGCCCAUGUGCCACGUCGUGGUUCACAAGGAGAAAUGGAGUCGAUAGAAGAUGAAAUAGUGAAAGGUUUCAUUUCUGAACCUGGUUCCAUUCCUCACAGACGUCUUGGACCGGCUUUGCUGUCCUGUACCUCAGCUCCACUCAAAGACAAUGUUGAUCAAAUCACUCGUCAGUUAACAACUGAUAUUAAGGUUACUGUCCAUCCCUCUCAGUUGUCUGUGGUUCUAAACUGUGUUGACACAUUUCUUCAAAGGAUUGCAUUAGAGAGGAUAUCCACUCCUCCCUCUCUCCCUAAGCUAAUUGGUAUAUUAUUCUACCAUGAGUCAUCUUGCUCAUCCUCUCAAUGCGUGAUGCUGCACAGUUUGACAACUCUGUGUUAUCUCUUCCCUGGGGCUUGUAAGGAGCACCGCUCAAUGAUACUUAAAUGGAGCAAAUGUGCUUUGUUCUCUAAAUCUACUUCACUAAUGAAAGAAGCUGCUAGUCUAUUGCAGGUAUUAAAUAGUUCAUUGAAGUCAGGGACCAGUCCCGAAGAGACUCAGUUCUUUCUUAGCCUUAUACAGUCGGUACAUUAUUGUAUUACUGCACUCCUUGGAGAAGAGGAAGACGAGGAAUCUCCUUCACCAACACUGUUGUUACCUGAUCUCUCUAAUUCUCUUGACGGGACGGAAAAAAUUGACGUCCUUGUUAAAGGUGUGUCCAGUUUGACUUAUCUCCUGAGGGUGUGUCUGUUAGUUGAUGUGCAUCGCCUGUUGGAUGUUCCCCUUGACCAAUUGUGGGGGUUGAUAUGGAGAAUGAUGAACAAUCAAUCAUCAGUUGAUAACGUUAAUCAUUUAUUGCUAAAGGCAAGUUGGCAGUUGCUAUUGGUUACCAUUCAAAGCUGUGGUCUCUCCUUAUUGCCGUACUCUGACACCAUUGAGUCAGCUAUUAUCAAAACCUUUCACCGAGCUUCACCUGCCUCCAUUUUACCACUUGUCUGCAAGUGUGCGGAAAAGUGGGUGUGUCUACGAAAUUCCUGUUCACUUCAGUUUAUUGAGAAACUAAUGUCUUGUGUGUGUAUCUGUACCCAUCAUCGUAUAGAAGCUUGCCAGGAUUAUGAUAGAAAAGUGGCUUUCCAGUUCAAGGAGGAUAAGAUACUUUCGCUUUACAUUGAUACUCUUAAUACUUGCAUUGGAUCUGUGACCUCUGGAAGACUCUCUCCUCUCACUGCUAAGUCUGUGCUUGAUUUAUGUUAUACAAUAUUGAGCUCUGGCUACACUGAGAGUAAUUCACUGUCAUCACUUCUCAAUCAUCCUCUCCUUUACUCGAACAAGAACUCCUUUUCAAAAUUACAAGAUCAAGCUUUAGAGGAGCUAACUCAAAACCCAGUAGCCACAGUACCUCAUUCUAACACAGCUGCUACAUCUGUACACUACCAACCUACAACUAGUUCAGUAAAUGAUGAAGCAAUGAUUGAUGAUGAAGGCAGUGGGGAAGAUGAAGAGAUGACAUUAGAUCAUGUAGGACCUAGUCCUGUGGCAAAACAAGAUGCUAUCAAAGGCAGAGAUACUGAAGCCCCAACUGAAGCAAAGAGAAGGAAAGUGGAAGAAGAAGUACUCCUCGAUGAAGAGGAACUUAAUGAAGGGAACGAUGAAGAGGAAGAUGAUGAGGACAUUGAUGUCAAUUCAAUGUUAAUGAAAGCAUUUGAUGUUUAACGUAAUCUUGUAAAAAAUAUAAUUAUGCUUUAGGCAUUGCCUAUACUGUUUGUACAGGCUCAUUGUUCUGAGUCCAUUAAACCAUAGAUAUGAUUGAAUAGUCUACAUUUUUCCGAUUA